AUGAACUCUUCAAGUUCUAAAUUAUUCAUUCUUUCAACAUCUUUCCUAUUAUCAAUUUCAUCCAUAACGUCAAAUUCAGUUCUUGAUAAUUUCCUCCAAUGUCUUCCAAUACAUUCCAACACUUCAAAUCCAAUUACAAAUUCUAUAUACGUUCCCAACAAUUCCUCCUUUCAAUAUUUAUACGAAUUGCGUGCAAAUAACCUUAGAAUCAUAUCAUCUUCCACAAUAUCAAAACCUUUGGCUAUUUUAACUGCCCGACAUGCCUCCCAUGUCCAAGCUGCUGUCAUUUGUGCCAAGAUCCAUAGUAUCCAAUUAAGAAUCCGAAGUGGCGGCCAUGAUUACGAAGGCUUAUCGUACAGAUCCGACAUCCCGUUUGUCAUCCUCGAUUUGUUCAAUCUUCGGUCGAUAAAGAUCAAUAUCACAAGCGAGACGGCGUGGGUUCAAGCCGGGGCGACGACGGGGGAACUUUAUUAUAAGAUAGCUGAGAAAAGUAAAGUCCAUGGAUUCCCAUCGGGAGUUUGUACUACGCUUGGCAUCGGUGGACACUUUACCGGAGGUGGAUAUGGGAAUAUGAUACCAAAAUACGGACUUUCAAUCGAUAAUGUAAUUGAUGCUUGUUUAAUCGAUGUCAACGGUACGAUACAUAACCGUAAAUCAAUGGGAGAAGACGUGUUUUGGGCUAUCCGAGGAGGUGGUGGAACUAGCUUUGGUGUUAUCCUUUCAUGGAAGAUCAAAUUGGUUCAUGUUCCCCGUAAGGUCACUGUUUUCAAAGUGCAAAGGACAUUGGACCAAGGUGCUACGGAUAUUGCAUAUAGUUGGCAACAUAUUGCACCUAAGCUGCCUAAAUAUUUGUUUAUAAGGCUUCAACCUGAACCUAUAACAAUUGGCAAUGGAAACAAAACAAUUCGAGUUUCUUUCAUUGGCCAAUUCCUUGGAAGAAGUAGAAAACUUAUGAAUCUGAUGAACGAGGAAUUCCCCGAAUUGCGUUUACAACAAAAUGAUUGUAUCGAAAUGAGUUGGGUCGAAUCGACCCUUUUUUGGGCCGGGUUUACCAAUGGGACCUCCAUUGAUGUAUUGCUUAAUCGUGUGGUGGAGAAUAAAGUGUUCUUCAAGACCAAAUCUGAUUACUACAAAAAUGUGAUUCCCAAACAAGGGCUGGUGAUGUUAUGGGAAAUGUUGAUGGACAUAGGGAACAUUUUCGUGCAACUAAACCCUCACGGUGGACGAAUGGACGAGAUUUCAGAGACUGAAACGGCGGUUCAUCAGAGAGGUGGGUACCUUUUUAAGGUCCAAUAUACAGUUUACUGGUCGGAGUCCGAUGGAGGGAUCGGUGCAGCCAAGCGGUACGUUGAAAUGUCGAGGAGAUUGUACGGUGCAAUGGCUCAAUAUGCGAGUAGUGACCCUAGGGAGGCGUUUCUUAACUAUAGAGAUCUUGAUAUUGGUUGCAAUGAAAGCAAUGAUACGGAUUUUGGUGUUGCGGAGGUUUAUGGGACUAAGUAUUUUAACAAUAAUUUCAUGAGAUUGGCUCGUGUGAAAGCCAUGGUAGACCCUGAGAAUUUCUUCAAAAAUGAACAAAGCAUUCCACCGUUGCCAUCAUCUCAUUGA